AUGCGGUCUCAGGCACUUUUCGCUCUGCUCGCCACUUGGGCGUGGUCUACUGCUGCUGCCCCUGCAGCUGAACAGGCGCCCAGGCCGUCUCGUCCUGGCCUCCGCCUGAUCAAGACUUCGCCCGAAGACCACGGCAAGUGGGUAACUGAGGAACAAAAGAUUGAGUUCAGGACGAAGGGCAUCAACUUCAUCGAUAUCACGGAUAUCACUGAUGAGGAAGUUCUAACUGCCCUGUCUUCUCCUAAUCUCGAGCCUGCCGAUUCGUUCUCUGCACAGGCUGUCACCUAUCCCAGCAGAGUCAGUCAUCAAACUGAGGCCAACGCCCUGAUUGCACAAGCGUCGACCACGAACCCCAAGAACUGGUUGCAGACGCUGACGAACUAUCACAACCGCCAUUACCGGAGCACCUAUGGCACUCAGGCCGGCACUUGGCUAUACAAUACCGUCAAGAAUAUUGCCUCGGUCAACCCAGCCAUUACCGUCACUCAGUUCACUCACUCCUUCAACCAGCCCUCCAUCAUUGUCCAGAUUCCGGGCAACAGCACCAACCUGGUCAUCGUUGGCGCACACUAUGAUUCGACCGCCGGUUCGUCGUCGGCGCGCUCCCCGGGCGCUGACGAUAACGGCUCUGGCGUCGUGACGAUAUUGGAGGCCCUACGCGUCCUGGCUAACGCCAAGUUCAAGGGCAAGAACACCAUCGAGUUCCACUUCUACGCUGGUGAGGAGGCUGGUCUGCUCGGCUCCGCCGCCAUCUUCUCCAACUACAAAUCGAACAGAAAGACGGUGCUUGCCAUGCUCAACCAGGACAUGACCGGCUACUCCCCGAACGGGAAGCUCGCCGUCUACACUGACUAUGUUGACUCGUCCCUCACUUCUUACGUUCGUGUUAUUGCCAACGCCUACAUUGGCUCAGUCAAUACCGACAGGUGCGGCUACGGCUGUUCCGACCACGCGUCGGCUCGGUCUAACGGCUUCCCUGCUGCGUACGUUUGCGAAGACACUAUGGAUGAUGCCUCGCCCUACAUCCACACUGCCAACGAUGCCUACUCGACCAUCAUGUGGGACGCUGUUCUCCGCCACAUAAAGUUCACCCUUGCCUUCCUGGUUGAAGCCUCAUACCUCUAA